AUGGAGAGUCUCACAUAUUUAUCUCGAAUGCUUAGUGAUAAACAAAUGUACAAAUCUGUUGAACAACUUAAGGAUAAAAUAUAUGUAUCAUCAAUGUUUCCGAGUACUCCAAUGCGCGGCCUC